AUGCUGACUAAUGAAUCUGCAAGCGACAAUUUAUUGGAGUAUCAGAGAAAAGUUACGUGGAGAAGACAUGAAGUCAAGACUUUGCGGGAUGUGUCUCUGUGGAACCGUAGUUAUAAUUAUACGUUUCUUCUCUUGGUUAGAUCGAUUUUCACAAUCUUGAGUAGGACGAAACAUGUUUUUGGUAUUAGUUAUAGAGUCGAGGCUAGUGAUGUUAGCUCUGCAAAUUCUGAUGUCAUUGGUCGUAGCCAGUCGGUUCCUACAAUUUUGAUAACUAUGCCUCAUCGAUGA